AUGGAAAGACCACGAGCCAAUCUGCUCGAAAUGCCACUUCACGUCAAGGAAAGUAUUCUGCAGCAACUGGAUUUCAAGUCGAGGUUUCAGCGGCUUCUUUGUGACCCUUUUUGUAAACGAAUUUCAGGUGUGCAAUGCGAAAAUGCGCCUACAAUAUUCAGAAAGCAGUCGAUACUAUGAAAGUGUACUUUGUUGAAAUCAUCGUCAUCGUGCUGACCGACAAAAUCUCGUGCAUAUUUGCGGACCGGCGGACCGUCGGAGUCUCGGUGGAGUACACGCACCUUCUACAAGGAUGUUCCGUCAAAUCGGAGCACUCCGACGGCACAAAAACCGAACACAUACUCCACAACACUGAUUUUGUGGUCCGGGCCGUCCAGGACCUCGAACAAGUGCUCAAGAACCAGAAAGUGAGAAUCGGGCAGCUGUCGGUGCAUCUGAAAAGUUACACGAGUUCGGAAGUCUUUGUGAGGCUCCUGCUGGACGGAAGGACCUGCGAGCACUUGAAAGUUGUGAAGCUGAAAAUCGAGUUGGACUCGCAAAGGGACUACGCGAUGCGGUUGAUCGGACGGAUGAGGGCGGACACUCUGAAAGUGAUCAAACUGGUCGUCGACAGCCAUUUGAGACAUUUCGAGGAGAUGAGCCGGCUGGAGCAGUGGCAAGCGGCCAAACGAUUCAAGUUGAAGUGUCUGCGUACGAUUCCGGACCUCGGGCCGAUCGGGAACUUUUUGACGCUCCGGUUGGGAAUGCAAUCGAUAACGGCCAAUGAGCUGAAGCUCCUUAUUAUGGUGAGUUCACGCUGCACUUUUUGCUAAAAGUGCAUUUGAAGACGAAAAAGAAAAAAGUGCAAAGUGCAGAGUGCGCCGAGCGGAAUCUUUAACGUUUGCACUGUUCCAGACGUUCAUACAAUCGGAAGUGUUCAUCAAUUGCCGAAUGACGUUCGAAAGGUACCCGCUAGCAGUUUUACGAGAAUGCCUCGGCUCCGACACUGUCCAAUUCCCGCCCUUCCACCGUGGAUUCACUGUUCCAGAAACGGGGAACAAACUCAAAGUGACCGCCUACUGGGACCGUAUCUAUUUCGAACGUGUGAGCACCUUCUGA